GACGUUGGCGUUCGAUCGGUUAGGUUCGAAGUUAUUGACGUAGGUGUUUCAUCGCCUUUAUACUUGUCAUCACCGUAAAUUUACGUUCAUUUGCUUGUUACACGGAUACACUCUCACACCAGAUAAAUGAUAAGAUAGAUAUGAAAUUGAAGAUUUCGUUUUCUGCCUGAUGUGAGCCCUAAUUUCCUUAAGGUUGCGUUAGUUCGGGUCAAACAUGGCGUCGACAACAGAGGAACAGACGGGAAAUUUUAGUCUACCAAGCACUUUCGGUGGAGCACAUCCUGGUAAAUCAGUGUUAAAAGAAGCUGUUGAUGCUGUCUUGAAUUCUUUUGCUAAGCACACGCAUGGUUAUGGUAGAGUUAAUGUUAUAGAAGCAUUACAAGAAUUUUGGCAAAUGAAGGAAACACGAGGUGCAUCUCUCAAAGGUGGCUCUACAGUUCUGUAUGAGCCAGAGCCUUCUGAGAAGCCACCAUAUGUUUGUUAUGUUAGUCUUCCUGGUGGCAGUUGUUUUGGGAGUUUUCAACCGUGCCCAACAAAAGCCGAGGCUCGAAGAAGUGCUGCAAAGAUUGCCCUAAUGAACUCUGUGUUUAACGAGCAUCCUUCCAGAAAAAUCACUGAUGACUUUGUUGAGUCUGCAGUCAAAGAAGCUGAGUCCACAGAAACACAAAUUGCUUUGAAGAGAAGGACAAUUAAUCUAGGGGCAGACAGCUCUAAAGAUCCUAAUACUGGUGUGGGAGCAUUCAGAUUUAUGCUGGAAUCAAACAAGGGAAAAACUAUGUUGGAAUUCCAAGAUCUUAUGACAAUAUUUCAAUUACUUCACUGGAAUGGCAGUUUGAAAGCAAUGAGGGAUAGGAACUGCUCUCGACAGGAAGUGUUGGAGCAUUAUGCAGAAAGAACUAUUGAUGAUGAGAUGAGAAGUCAGAUGGCAUUGGACUGGAUAUCUCGGGAACAAGAACAACAAGGAGUGAUCAAGAGAGAACUUGACAAGGCUCUAAAGGAGUUGGAACAGUGCCGUUUGAGUGGACGUGAACUGAGGUUUCCUAAAGAAAAACGUGACAUUUUAAUGCUUGCUCGGAGUCAAAUAGGAAAAGUUUAAAUAUGAAGUAAAAUUUUGAUAAUACUGAAAAUACAACUGAAUGUAAUGAUGAACAGAGGUUUUGAAUUUUUGUCUCCAGGGAGGGGUCUGCCACAAUUGAAGGAAUUUCUGAAUUUUAUUGUAUUAUGUGUUUAGUAAUAUAUAAUUAUGGAGUGUGA